AUGCAUUUCUUCCUCGCACCCCUCUUCGCACUCCUCGCAUCCGCCUCGUCAGACUGGUGGUACUUCGACGCAUGGGACGGCCUUAGCUGCGGCGACGCGCCGCAAAACGGCGAACUACUCCUUACGACCGAAGGAAUGGGAAAUGAGAUCUGCAUCAGUCUGGACGAAGACCAAAAAGCCUACUCGUAUGCUUCGGCGUUCGGGGAGGAGGAGACUGAGGUUCGCGCAUUCCUUUACGAGCAUUGUUCUGGGCCGAGUAAGGUUCUUGCGAAUAAUACUUGCACGAAUCCUGAUGCGGAUAUCCCGUAUAUUCGGUCGUGGAAGGUGGUUGCCGCUGAGAUUUCUGAUUGA